AUGAAAUGGCCAUGUGUGUUAGUGUUGUGUUUCGCGUGUGCUACGGAGAACGCGCAGAGGGAGAUGGAAGCUCAAGAUCCUAAGGUUUUGGAACCUGUGGUUAUAGACCAGGUUUUAGAACCUGGGACAGAGGGAUUGGAGUUUUUGGAGAGUACUGAAAUAAUCAGCGCAGAGAGAAAUCAUAGCGACGGCGGUCCAGAUCCUCCAGACCCUCACUACCCGGUCCAGCAUGCUGGUCCAGCGAGGAACCUGAUCGCAGUUCCACUGCCGCUUAAGGAGUCAGACCAUGAGCUGAUGUUCAACGUGUCCUGGCUGCCGCCUCUAGGGUCGCCGGCUUUUGACUACUCCCUGGAGGUACACAGUGAAACUGACACUGAAGACUGCAGGAUGACCAUGUGUUAUGAAUACAACAUUCCUGGGGACGCUACGUGGUGGACGAUCCCUGCGCACGCGAGCCCCGUCCCUGAAACUUGCGCAGUGCGACCAGGCUGCGCGUACAAAAUAAGGCUACUCGCGCAUCCGUGGGACGGCCGGACCGAGGCUACUCUGCGCACAGAGUUACAUGAAUGCGUGUCAGGAGUAUGCUCAUGCGCACAUGCCCCGCGCCUCCCCGCGCCGGUUGUACGCGCUGAAACCGUCUUGGACAUGGGAGACAUGUUUGUGAACAUCAGCUGGUCACUACCUCCCCCGGCCUACCCACAGAGGCUACCGAAGGGGCUGAAGAAACAAUUCUAUUUUGUCAGUAUCGGUGAGCAAAUGGUGUCCGACGCGCACCCAUCGCCCUGGUUCGCCCACAAGAUCAUUAGGCAUGUCCCAGCCUUCGGCCCUAUAGCCGACGGCGACGGCCCUCGCUACUACCUGCUGCCGACGGCCGAGAGGAGAGAAGACAAGAGGCUGAAGGACGUAAAACUGCUGGCUAGAGUCAGCGUGGUGGAUGACAGGACGUGCAUUGGACCAGCGGGGAAUGCUACGGCCUACGGUAAGAGAAAAGAGUUCCCCAUAGAAUCACCAGGCACGUUGCAGUCCCGCGAUGAACUUAGAUACUACCUGCUGCCGAUGACCAAGAGAAGACAAGAGGCUGAAGGACGUGAAACUGCUGGCUAG